UCGUGUCACUGGCGUAGUAACACACAUACAUUAUUUCAUUGGAGAUUGGAAUUCAUUGGUCUAUUGGUCCGCUCCAUACGCGGCAGUGGAAUGUUCUGAGAGAAUAUUUGGAAUUCAAUUAAUUUUCUUUGUAAAUACUUGAUAAUAUAAUGGAGGAAGAUAGUAGUAAGCGAUUGAGGGGCCGAGCGCGUGGUAGAGGUCGAGGUCGACCUCGAGGGCGUGCGCGUGGACGUGGCAAGAAAGCUGUCAAGGUAAUAGAAAGUGACGAAGAGGACACUCCUCAAACUAUUGAAGAAACACCCAUGGAAACAAGCAGUGUAGAACCCGAACAACAUGAACCACAACAAGUACAGCAACCUCCUCUUGAGCAACAAUUUGAUUUAGAGGCCGAUAUAUCGCAAUUGGAAGCACCAACAUUUACGACAAUCAACAGAGGUCCACCAGAGCCAAUGCUUCGUUUAAGAUGGGACCACCGGGUCAACCUUAUUGGGGAGAAAGUUCUUAAUCCAAUGAUACAUUGCUGCGAUAAAUGCUUGAAACCAAUUUUAAUUUAUGGACGCAUGAUUCCUUGUAAGCAUGUGUUUUGCUUAUCAUGUGCCAAAAGAGAAGACAAAGUGUGUCCACGUUGCAUGGAAAAAGUAUCUCGAGUUGAACAGACAGGAUUAGGCACGGUAUUUAUGUGCACUCAUGGAGGAACCCGCUAUGGUAAUGCAGGAUGUAGAAGAACAUAUCUCAGUCAACGAGACUUACAGGCGCAUAUUAAUCACCGUCAUAUAUCAGCACCACCGCCACCUGUUCAAGGAAUGCAGGUUGAUCCACCGCAAUACGUUCAUUCAAAACCUGAACUAGAGUCCCAAUUAGCAAAAGUACCAUCAGUAUCGAUGCAGAGCAGCCGAAUGAAACAAGUGCCUGGGCAUAUGGUGCAACCAAUAAUGGGAAAUGAUCCACGUGUAAAUUCAAUGGUGACCCAGCAGCCUGUGGAACACAGGCAGCAACACAGAACGCAACAAAUAAUUCCCAUGCAAAAUUAUCCACAAAGUUCAGCGCCUCCACCCCCAACAAAUCCUCCCAUGAGAACGAAUCUUAUCACUGUACCUAUACAAGACAAUACUGUGAAUACUCAUGAUCUUCACACUCAACAAAGUCAUCAUUACUAUCAGCCUCCUUUACCGCAAGUCAAUUACGGUGGCUAUAAUGUUCCUCCACCAGUUUCGCAAACCCAGCAAUAUUAUUCUCAACCUCAACAUCCUCCUCAAGUGACGUACGUGCCACCUCCACCUCAACAACAAUACGUCUCAUCUGCUCCAUCUGCCAUUAGACCAUCCCCAGCUGCUUAUAUGCAAGAGCCGCAAUACGGUCCACUUUCUCAACAACAACCACCACCUCCACAGCCGCAAUGGACUCAACAUCAACAACAAUUUUACAGAUAGGAGCUAAUACUACUGCUCGAAUGGAUUUGCUCUCACGCAUCGUGAUGAAUUCCUUACUCGUCGAUAGCCAAUAUUUGGACACUGAUAACACUUAUUUAGGCUGCUUUUAAUAUCAGCUCUUAAAGUGUUGUAUACUUGAUGUCUUAACAAGUACAGAAAAUUGGUUCUGAUAUAUUUUAUAUAGCUUAUGAGAUACAGUAUGGCGCGAUUCUAGCUGGAGUUUCAUAAUGCUUGUACAGCAAUAAAUAGAAUUUUUUUUUACUCA